AGACGGUAAUUAAGGCAGACUGCUGGCGCGUCCGUUAGGACAACCGUUUCCUUCUCCCACAUUCUUUCCUCGUCCUUGCUUCGCCCCUUCCCCCCACAAGCUAACGAAUCACUCCCCCCCCCCCGCUUUAAAACGGCGCGGAGGGGGAGGAAAGGCGGAGACAAGACAAAGAACCUUCCCACCGGUCCGCGUGGAGCGUCGACAGUUAAGGGCUCCAAUUGGCUGCCAGCGGGCAGCGGUUUUGCACGAAACAGCCGGCGCAAACUCAGAAGGCUCCGUGCCAGAGCUGUGCGUGCCCCAAACUAGUGAGAAGGUGUGGCUGCGCCGGCGGUGCUUUAAUUUUUCCUGUCGUUUUCUCUCCAGGCAAGGCGCCCUCUUCCCUCCACACCAGGCGGAAUUACCAGUAUCUUCACUUUGUCAGAUUUGUUGGACUGAAUGACUUGGGCACAGAAGAAUUCCAUUUGUGCUCCCUCUGUAGUGAGACAUUUAUUUGAAAACUCUUUGAUUUGUAUUUGAAUGUAAUCUAAUAAGUUGGAGGAAACAGAGUCCUGCAUGUUUUCUGAAGACGCUACAGCAAUGAAUGAAGAACACACAGAUGGAACGAAUGGGUGCAGUAAAGUUAGAACUGGUACUCAGAAUGAGGCUGCCUUAUUGGCUCUUAUGGAAAAGACUGGCUACAACAUGGUUCAAGAAAAUGGACAACGAAAAUUUGGUGGACCUCCACCAGGUUGGGAAGGUCCACCACCACCCCGAGGCUGUGAAGUUUUUGUGGGAAAAAUUCCCCGUGAUAUGUAUGAAGAUGAAUUAGUUCCUGUUUUUGAAAGAGCUGGGAAGAUCUAUGAAUUUAGACUGAUGAUGGAAUUUAGUGGUGAGAAUCGUGGAUAUGCAUUUGUAAUGUAUACAACCAAAGAAGAAGCUCAGCUUGCCAUUAGGAUCCUUAAUAAUUAUGAGAUUCGUCCUGGAAAAUUUAUUGGUGUUUGUGUAAGUUUGGAUAACUGCAGACUAUUUAUUGGAGCUAUCCCAAAAGAAAAGAAGAAAGAAGAGAUCUUCGAUGAAAUGAAGAAAGUCACAGAAGGUGUAGUAGAUGUUAUUGUGUACCCAAGUGCAACUGACAAGACAAAGAAUCGUGGUUUUGCCUUCGUAGAAUAUGAAUCCCACAGAGCUGCUGCAAUGGCACGAAGAAAAUUAAUUCCUGGAACAUUCCAGUUAUGGGGCCAUACCAUUCAGGUAGAUUGGGCAGACCCAGAAAAAGAAGUUGAUGAAGAAACCAUGCAGAGAGUCAAAGUAUUAUAUGUGAGAAACUUGAUGAUCUCGACUACAGAAGAAACAAUUAAGGCUGAAUUUAACAAAUUUAAGCCAGGAGCUGUUGAGCGUGUAAAGAAACUUCGAGAUUAUGCUUUUGUUCAUUUUUUCAACCGAGAUGAUGCAGUUGCUGCUAUGUCAGUUAUGAAUGGGAAAUGUAUUGAUGGAGCUAGCAUUGAGGUAACACUGGCCAAGCCAGUCAACAAAGAGAGCACUUGGAGACAACAUCUUAAUGGUCAAAUUAGUCCCAAUUCUGAAAAUCUUCUCGUCUUUGCAAAUAAAGAAGAUGGUCAUCAAAAAUCACUAGCAAAGCCAGCAAAUCUCCCAAUUCGCCUUAAUGGACAGCACAGUCCAAGUCCUCCUGAAAUUGAAAGGUGUACUUAUCCAUUUUUCCCAGGAACAAAGCUUACUCCAAUUAGCAUGUACUCAUUAAAAUCUAGUCAUUUCAGUUCUGCAGCAAUGCAGUUAGAUUAUUAUUGCAACAAAAAUAACUGGGCCCCUCCAGAGUACUACUUGUAUUCAACUACAAGUCAAGAUGGAAAGGUACUACUAGUGUACAAGAUUGUUAUUCCUACUGUUGCAAAUGGAUCCCAGAGUUAUUUUAUGCCAGACAAACUCUGCACAACCGUAGAAGAUGCAAAAGAAUUAGCAGCACAAUUUGCACUGCUUCACUUGGACUACAGUUUCCGUCGAAGUUCAGUAAAUAACAUUUCUCCUGUUAGUGCUACUCUGUCUUCUGGAACAACCAGCAUGCUACCAUAUACAUCAAGACCAUACUCUUAUCCAAGCUACCCUUUGUCACCAACAAUUCCACUUGCUAAUAGCAACCAUGUUGGACAGCGUCUGUAUAUCUCCAAUCAGGCCUCAUUCUUUUGAGGAAAAGAAAAAGCUGGAUGAAAGAAUACAUUUUAUUUUAUGUUAAGAUUAUAGUGUAGUUUUAGUUUAAUCGGGUCCACACAAUUGGUUUUGGUGAGUUAAAUAUAUACAUUUUACGGAUUGCUUGUAAAUUUACUGAAUUUUUGUGAAGAUGUAUUUUCCAAACGUAUUUUCGCUUGGCAAGAAUGGGAUUCUUUCUAAAAUGGGGCAAAGUAUUUUAUGACUUCUUGUCUAAUUGUAGACAAGUGAACUCAUUUAACAUUUUUAUAAAGUGAUUACUUUGCUGAAUGGUAGCAAUAAAAUAUUUUAAGUGCAGGCAAAUGUGGGUUGUAAUCUUGUUACCAAGGAUCACACUUUUUUUGAGAUGAGAAAUAUUUAUUUAAAAAGCAAAGUAUUAUGUAGGAAGGAAAUGAUGCAAAUGAGAGAUUUUUUUAAUUAAAAAAACAAACUUCAGUCAACUCCAAAUGAAUAACUCCAAAUUUAACUUCACAUGAAUAACUUACAUCCUAAUGUGGUCCUUAUUUAUUUUAGUUGCAUAAUAAAUAUUUGUUUUAUUAACAGAACAAAUUAUUUUGUGUUAAUUUAUCCAGUGUUUACAUUGUUGAGCAUUAUUUGUUAAAGGUACUGUUCUGUUUGCAUGAUGUCAUGUUUUUAAUGUUUAUAUCAUGUGUUUAAUUCCAUACUUGAAUGCAGACAUUUUAACAUUAAAUUCUUGCUGUAUAAAAUGCUAGUGAAAUUUGUCUUUAAUACUUAAAAGUAGGUGUUGGUGAAUUUCGGGUGAAAGAGUUAUUCCAGUGACUUCUCCCCCUGUGUCACUGAACCAGUGAAAUAAUUAACUGAUUAAAAUGUGCAUAUUGCAAAGCCACAGGAUAAAACUGUGCAACUAAGGUCCAUUCUAUAACCUACUGGAGUAGUUUCUCUGUGGUCUAUUCAGUUGCAUGCUGUAUCACUAAUGUAUAGAGAAAUGUGAAUGGCUUUGUUCUUUCAUCUUCCACCUUUGUGCGGUUCCAAAUGCAGGCACAAGAAGGGUUAAGCACCCCCUCUCUCCCUCUGCUUCAAAUUGCUGCUGCUUCUGAAGCUGCUGUUUUUAAAAAUAGCAUCUGCUGGUAAUGUUUCAUGAGGCCCUAAAUAUAAAUAGCUAUCCAAACAUAUGUUGAGGAAUACAAAUAAUAGUUGCUUCUCAGUGGAGAUGACAUACUUUGGCCUGAAGGUGGCAGCAUUGUGCUGCAUAAAUGGUUUCUAGAGAUUUUAUAUUUCUGUGGUUAGUUGACUAGUUGACCAAUGGAGCUUUGAAACUGGAUCUCAAACCCUGCUUUGAAGCUUGCAACAUAGCGUUGGACAGCUGGAACAUUUGCUGCUAGGAAAGGAAGCAGUUCAUCACAUUCUGAAUGUGCUAAUGAAUUGUCAGUUACAGCAUGAGAGAAGGUAGGUUGGUUGUGUUAUAGCAGCUUUUUGUCUGCUCCCUGGCAACAUGGAGAGCAUUAGUUGGCUAUAGCUCUAUGUAUCCUCCAGACCUUUCCCAUCUUAAUUCUUGGGGGGGGGGAGAUUCUAGGUAAAUCUGCCCGAAAGCCUAACAAGGACUUUUGCUACCUGGUAGAUCUUUUAUUAUUCAUUUGCAUAAAAUUUUCAGAGCAUGAGCAUAAUCCAGGCCAUCAUGCCCCUCUCCCAGUUGGAAAUGACCUUAACUUAAGAACUUAUAGUAAGUUUUGAUUAUUUCGCCUACUAAAAUCAGUGGAACUUGAAAAUGAUUGGUUUUGGUUGGAUAAUGCUCCAUAUUUCCAACUUGAGUUGUUUUCAUGCCUCCCCACCCAGUUGGCAAUGAUCUUAAAUACUUUCAGUAAGUUUUGAUUAUUUUGCCUACGAAAAUCAGUGGAACUUGAAUUUUGUUGAAUAAUGCUCUAUAUUUUCAAGUUGCGUUGUUUUAUUCAAUAACUUGAAUGUGAUAUUUAUGAACAUAAUUUUAAAAUAGCAUUCCGUUCUCACUAGAAGUAAUCUGAUAUAUCCAAAUCAAAUCCCAUUUAAAUUUCACCUAAAUGUUAAGAUUUAGCUUAAAUUUGCAACUUUACAGGAUGUGGAAUCAAGAUCUGUAUAGUCUGCCAUUCUGUUCCCUUUUCUUUGAAACCUACCUUGGUUGUACCAGCUUUUCUCUAAUCUUGAUAAGCCUAUAAAGAAACAGACAAAUCAGUAUUAAAUAGCAAAUGUUAGAACAUGAUUACUACAUCUCCAAAUGUCUCUUUUUUAAAAAAAAGAUUAUUUUAUGUAACUUCAUGGCUAGAGAGCAGGAGUAUAUCUGUAUUAUGCAUGUGUUCAAACC